AUGUCUACAGUCGCCGAAUGGUGUCGUGAACUUGAACGCUAUCCAUACUUAUACCCUUCUUCUUUAUCUCUAGGCGCAUUAUCCCUGCUUUUCUGUAUCCAUCAUGUCGUCCGUGCUGCUCGUAGCCUCAGGCGCUCUCGCAAGGUUCCCAGAGCUCAGGAACGAGUUCUCAUCCUCGGUGCGACCAGCGGUGUAGGCCGCACUCUAGCUCAUCAGUAUACUGCGCGGGGUGCCAGAGUCUGUGUCGUAGGCCGCAGAGAAGAUAAACUGGCCAAUGUCGUGGAAGAGUGCAAGGCGAUCUCCAAGGCAGCGACGUAUGUAAAGUCCAAAGAGAAGAUACUUGGCAUCCGAGGUGAUUUAGCGAACGUGGACGAUAUGGUCAAUCUACGCGCUGUACUGGAGAAAGGCGAGCACUUAAUGCAGUUUUACGUUUAG